AUGGGAGAUUAUCGUGUUGUUGAGUCCGCCAAAUAUGAUGGAGUAAGGAACAAAUGGAUUAUUGAAGCCAAAAAUACCUUUAAAGGUACAUUGGAAGUUUAUGGGGCAAAGUUUCUUGUGAUUGCGUCGGGUGAAAAUAGUGAAGGUUUUAUUCCUAAUUUAUCCGGAUUAGAGAAAUUUGAAGGAGAGGUGGUACACUCCAAAUACUACAAAUCUGGUUCAAAAUAUAAAUCAAAAGAUGUUUUGGUCGUCGGUUGUGGUAACUCGGGAAUGGAGAUUGCAUAUGAUCUCCAUAAUUGUGGUGCUAACACAUCCAUUGUCAUUCGAAAUCCGAUACAUAUCUUCACUAGAGAUAUGAUUCGUACAGGGAUGUGUUUGGUGCAAUAUUUUCCUGUUUAUAUUGUGGAUAUAAUCAUUACGCUUCAAGCUAAGCUGAAAUAUGGUGAUUUAUCAACAUACGGGAUUUAUCGUCCUAAAGAUGGACCUUUAUAUCUAAAAAAUAUUACAGGAAAAUCGGCCGUUAUUGAUUUUGGAACCAUUGAAAAGAUUAAGGAAGGAGCUAUAAAGGUUGUUCCUUCGAAUAUAAAGAAAAUCGAGAAGAAGAAUGUUAUCUUCGAAAACAAUAUGGAGAAAGAGUUUGAUGUCAUCGUUUUUGCUACUGGCUACAAAAGCGUAGCUAAUGGAUGGCUAAAGGAUUACCACUACGCUCUUAAUGAGAACGGGUUUCCUAAAAAUUCUUUUCCAAAACAUUGGAAGGGAGAUCAUGGAUUAUACUGUGCAGGACUAGCAAGAAAAGGUUUGUUUGGAGUAAAAAUGGAUGCUGAGGCAAUUGCUAAAGACAUUGAGAAAACUCUUAAGUCAGAGAAUUAA